GCCCCUUAUGCAACAAUGUUUUGUCUAAGCCUCUGUGAAGCACAUGCUCCAGAAGUAGAGGUGUCCUGCUCUGGCUGUACUGUACUAUCGUCUCUCGUGUCUCUGCUCCAUCUCUCUCAUCUUUCACUAUGUCUGUCCAGCUAGUCGUAUCUCUCCUAGCUCUAGCUUCUCUGAAUGCUGCAUCUGCACCGCUCUGUAAAGAACUGGUCAAACCCCUGGUACUGGAGGACCAUACUGAGAUCUAUGGCAAAUGGGUGUAUGUGAUGGGGUCUGCGGAUCAUUCAGUCUUCCAAAAAGCUUUGGGGACUCUGAAAAGCUCCUGGAUUGACCUGUCGGCUACAUCUGACCAUCAAGUAGUCACACUACGUUGGGGAGACCGCAUUGAUGGCAAAUGCGUUGUCGGUGCAACAAAUACUACCAUCUCCGGCCCCACCUCCACAUUCAUUUGUCUGAACACAAAGGUCAGUACCUGGAGACCUGCCCUGAUUGCCUGCUAUGGUCAGACACCUCUCGUAAUGGAGACAUCACUGGCAGAUACCUACUCCUGUUUACAAGGUCAGGGAAAAUGUAUCCCACAUACCUGGACACCUAUAAGAACCAGGCAGAGUGCCUGAACUUCCCAGAGACACACCACACCUAUGAUGGAGAAACAGAGCUGUGCCCCGAUGACAACCAGAAGGAGAAGGUGGUGGAUGAGGAUACUAUGGAAGAGAAGCCGACUACAGAGGAAGAGAAGACUAUGGUGGAGGAGGCGACUAUGGAGGAGAAGCUGACUACAGAGGAAGAGAAGACUACUGAGAAGAACCAUAUGGAUUGACUAUGGAUUGAGCAAAAACAACCAGAUCCUCACUAUUGUGCCCAACAUCUCUUUAGUGGAACUUUGAUCCCAGAACUAUGUAACCAAAUAUGACAUGUACUUUCAUACAUCUUUAAAUCAUGUAUUACAUGAUCCUUACACAAGGAGAGUGAUAUGACCAUGUAAUGAUAAAAAAAUGUCUUUACUGUUUCUUUGAUAGUUACAGUGAUAACUGUUCAAUAUAACUGUCCAAACAGACAUUUAAAUAAAGACAUUCAAACUCAUUUUGUAACUAAUUCCAUUGAAGUAAUAAGAUCUGAAUAAAAUGUAACAUUGGUUAUACAA